AUGACGUCUGACGAAGGAUCAUGGGAAAAGGGCGACUCAGCAGCACCAGAAGAAGAUCAACCCGAGUAUGACGAAUCGCAGACUGACAACACGGCUGAGACUCCCUAUGACCCAGGCCAUAUCCAGGACGAUGGCAGCGAUGAUGGCGCAGACUAUGAUCCCGAAUCAGUUGGCAUGGAACCUGAUGUUGCCCCUGCUGAAGCGGCGCCACUGUCGCCUCCUCGCCCAGUGUCCAAGCCCAAAAUGUCUGGAGGUUUCAUUGUCGAGGCCUCUGACGAGGAGGAAGAAUCUACGCCUGCCCAAAACGCGCCGACCAGCAACAACGCUACCAGCACGGCCGCCACCCCUGCGCCUGUGCCAGAGGGCUUUGCGCAUAUACCUCCUGGCAUGGCCGGCCUCGACCCGGUCACCCUGCUCGAGGCUCGAAUCAAAGAGGACCCACGAGGAGAUAUGGAUGCAUGGCUGAAUCUCAUGGCGGAACAUCGGAGUCGCAGCAGGCUCGAUGAAUUGCGCAAAGUCUUCCAUCGCUUUUUGGAGGUGUUUCCCCAGGCGGGCGAUAUCUGGGUUCAAUGGAUCGAACUCGAACUAGGACUCGACAACUUCGUCGAUGCUGAGCAGCUUUUCGGUCGCUGCUUAAUGACAGUUCCCAACGUCAAACUCUGGACCGUCUACCUCAACUAUAUCAGACGCCGCAACGACUUGACAAACGAUCCUGCCGGCCAAGCAAGGCGAACAGUCACUCAAUCAUAUGAAUUUGUCAUUGACAAUAUUGGCGUUGAUAGGGAUUCUGGUGAUGUGUGGCUGGAUUACGUCCAGUUCAUCAAGAACGGACCUGGCCAGAUUGGUGGUACUGGCUGGCAGGACCAGCAGAAGAUGGACCAGCUGCGCAAGGUCUAUCAUCGCGCCAUCAAUAUACCCAUGUCCACUGUCAAUACCUUGUGGAAAGAGUAUGACCAGUUUGAGAUGGGUCUCAACAAAGUCACUGGUCGCAAGUUCAUUCAAGAGCGCUCACCUGGCUACAUGUCCGCCAAGAGUGGCAACAUUGCUCUCGACAACAUCACGAGGUCGCUACACCGAGUCAACCUGCCGCGUCUUCCAGCGGCUCCUGGAUUUGAUGGCGAUACUGCAUACAGAGAGCAGGUCGAGCUAUGGAAGAGGUGGAUUGCGUGGGAAAAGGACGACCCCCUGGUUUUAAAGGAGGAGGACCUCAAGGCAUACACCCAUAGAGUCAUGUAUUGCUACAAGCAAGCUCUGAUGGCUCUGCGCUUCUGGCCAGAGAUGUGGGUCGAUGCUGCAGAGUGGUGCUUCCAAAACGAUAUCCGAGAAAACGAAAGCGACAUGGGCACGCAGUUCCUCGUUCAAGGUAUCGCAGCAAACCCGCAGAGUGUCUUGCUCGCCCUCAAAUACGCCGACCACGUUGAAGCGACAUACCCGGGCAAAGAAGGCGACAAAACCGAAUACGCUCAGGCCGUUCGCAAACCCUACGAUGCCGUACUAGACACUCUAUAUGGCAUGGGCGACAAGGUCAAGGAACGAGAGAAACUUGAAGUCUCAACCCUCAAGCAGGCAGCUGCUCAAGACCCAGAAAUGCAGCAGUCUAUCGAACGCGAGGACGAUGAUAACGACAAGCCAAGACUGACUGCAGGCGAGGAGCGUAUCAAGGCUAUUCAGCAGGCGUACGCGGGCGAGAGUCAGCUUCUCUCUCGAACCAUAUCCUACAUUUGGAUUGCUCUUGCGCGCGCAAUGAGACGAAUUGAAGGCAAAGGCAACCAAACGGAAGGCGGCCUUCGCAAAGUAUUCACAGAUGCUCGACACAAGGGCCGCCUCACCAGCGAUGUGUAUGUCGCCGUUGCUCUUCUAGAGUCAGUUGUAUACAAAGAUCCUGUCGGCGCCAAGAUCUUCGAACGUGGUGCUCGUCUUUUCCCCAAUGACGAGGAAUUCAUGGUCGAGUACCUCAAAUUUCUUCAUUCAAAGGAUGAUACCACAAACGCCCGCGUCGUAUUUGAAACUUGCGUUAAUCGCCUAAUUUCAAAGCCCGAAACUCUGGCAAAGGCUCGCCCGCUCUACGCCUACUUCCACAAAUAUGAAUCCCAAUACGGCGAACUCUCACAGAUCUCCAAAUUGGAGGAACGCAUGGCAGAGCUUUUCCCCGAGGAUCCGAAAUUAAAAUCCUUCACGGAGCGAUUCUCUUCGGAUAGAUUCGACCCAGUUCAUACCCCGAUCAUCGUGUCGAAGGCUGUCCAGAUGCGUCCCAAGAGAGCCUUGCCCAUGAUUGAGGAGCCGAUCCCCCGCCAGGACAGCCCGGGCCCUGUGAAACAUGAGCAGAGCCCCCGGCCGCAGUUUGCUCGUGCGACCGCUUCUCCCAAGCGGCCAUUCGGCAUGGACGACGACGAACUGAACCCACCGAAACGUGUGGCUCGUGGUGUUUCCCCACUCAAGGGAGCUGCAGGGCGCCGCCUCGAUCAACAGCGACGCAACCAGACCUCGGCGCUGCACCGCGACAUUACCUUUCUCCUGGGUAUUCUACCCCCCGCGCACACGUACGAUUCACAACGUCUCAGUGCGUCCAACAUGGUUUCGCUUCUCCGUGACACCCCGUUGCCGGAUUACAUGUCUUGGAAAGCAGCCACAGGGGGUCAGUACAGGCAACCGACCCAGAUGCAUACGAGACAAGCAUCUGGCGAUUUUGCGCGUCCAAUCAGCCCGUACGGCCAGGUCCCGGGAUCAACCUCCGGAUACCGCAACUCUCCACUUGCAGGCGGCUACCAAGCGCCAGGCUCCAACUGGGGAGGCGGGCAGGGUAAUUACCCUCCUGGCCAAUACGGCGGCCAGCGCUACUAG